GUUAGUCGUAACUCGGAUCUUGUGUGUCCACUAUAUUGUUUUUGCAAAGUAUAAACAAUGUUGCUAAAUCAGUGCACUAUUUUGUUGUCGGUGGUAUUUGUUGUUUCAUGCCGAGAUGAAUUUACAAAAAAAUACCAAGCAGAUGACAAUCGAAUAAUAAAACGUCUUCACGCGUCACCACAUGCGAAAUUAUUUCUUAAUGGAUGCGGUGCUGAUUACACUGAACUGAAUGAAACUGCGAGAAAUGAAUCUGAUUUUUUCAAACUAUCAAAAUCUAAAGAUUAUUUAUUUGCCAUUUUCACAUUGGACCAAGUUUCGCUUAUUAUUUCGAAUACGAAUCCGAACAUGAAAGCCGAAAAGGACAAAUGGGGAGAAAGUGAUGAUGAUGAUGAAGAUGUGCCUGAUUUGUUAUUUAAUAUCACCUUGGGCAUUAACAAAAAUACAAUGGCUCAGCUGGAGGUGUUUGAAAAUGAAACCAAAAUCGGUAACGCUACCCAACACUCGAUUCCAAUAUUGCCCACGAUCCCUUACUACGUGAACAUUUCCAUAACAGGAGGCAACAUAUCGGUGUAUGAAGCGCGAACCGGCGCCUCAUACCCAUUCAUGUCGUUCAGUUUCAGUUCGAGCUCAAAUUGGAAUUUAUCAAAUUACGAAUAUUUCGUUAAAUUUAGGCAUUCGUCACCCAUUUAUGCUCAUUACGAGUGUUGUGAGGCAUGUACUCCGUGGAUAUACACCCGUAUCAGCGGAUGCUCCAAAUACUCUGCUAGAACAGCUAGUAAGGAAACGGCUCACUUGAUAAACUAUGACAGCUCGACGAAUCGAACGGAUGAUUUUGUAUUUAAUCAAAUUAUCUUAGUUCAUCACGACGGCAACCCAACUUUCAGGGCAAAAAUUAUAUUCUCACAAAGUGACGUAUCCAAAAAGAAUCGCUACGAAAUCGGCCUGUCCGAAAGCCCGACAAUCUUACAUUAUUCCAACAAACAAGCACAAUUCCUUAAGACAUUGCCAGCUGGAGCGACCUUGAAACGAGAAUACACUUCACCAUUCAUUGUUAACAUAACAAUUACCAGGGAUGGUAUUGUUAGUCUAAGGCAACCAUACGAACAAUAUCCGUUUCUUGAGUAUAUUAACCAAAGGGACCAGCCAACUUUGGAAGCAGUGAACGUCAAAUAUAUGAUCAUGGUUAAAGCGUACGAAGACUUCGUCAGAUACGACUUUUAUCACGAUUGUACGGACCUGCUAUUCUUCGCUAGGAAGCAGGAGCUAACAAUACCCAAUAUGUAUAAUGUACCUGAGACAAGUAAGGACGACAAUGGUACCGAUAAAUAUCCGAUGAUAUGGUCAUACGUCUCGAAACGGUUCAACACGACAAAACAUGAUGUGCUGCAUGUAUUCCAAGACUCAUUCCUUAUCUAUGAUAAGUGGAGUGAUGUACAAAUUGAGGACAACAGCGAUUACAAGGAAAAAAAAUCAUCGGAAAACUCAACGAAACGGAGUUCAGAUAAAGCCGGAACCAAUUCAUCAUCGAAAGGGGACGGUUCAAAUUUUUCGGAUAUGAUUAAAAAGGCGGCGGCUGGUGUCGGAUCGUGUUUGUUUAUUGGAAUUUUAAAAGUAGUUUUCCAAAUGGAUUGCGUUAAAAAUUUGAUGAAAGAUGUGGAUGUGGACGAUGAUCGAGCAAAGGAAUUAAGAAAAAAUGUCAGCAAUGUUGUUCACAAAAAUCUUGUCAAUACACUGGGCAUUGAAGACGAUGAUUAAAAUACGUUCUACCGCUA